CGUUGUGUACACACUCUUUUCAUUUGUGAAUUAGCAUUUGGUUGCACGUUUCUUCUGCAACGAUACGACAAUGCAAAUCUUUGUGAAGACACUCACCGGGAAGACCAUCACCUUGGAGGUGGAGCCCUCGGACACCAUCGAGAAUGUUAAGGCCAAGAUUCAGGACAAGGAGGGAAUUCCCCCAGAUCAGCAGCGUUUGAUCUUUGCCGGCAAGCAGCUGGAAGAUGGACGCACCCUGUCCGACUACAACAUCCAGAAGGAGUCGACGCUGCACUUGGUGCUCCGUCUGCGCGGUGGCAUCAUUGAGCCCUCGCUGCGCAUUCUCGCCCAGAAAUACAACUGCGACAAGAUGAUAUGCCGCAAGUGCUAUGCGCGUCUCCAUCCACGUGCUACCAACUGCCGCAAGAAGAAGUGUGGACACACCAACAAUCUGCGCCCCAAGAAGAAGUUGAAGUAGACGCGUCCACUCUGCUUUACAGUCUAUAUACUAUUGAGUUGCUGCGCCUUUCACAGAAAAACAAACAUAUUUUUAGUAAAUAUUAAUUUGUAAUUAGAAUCGAUAAAAUGCGAUAAAGAACGAAAUGUAUUUACUACUUGCUGCUGGAAGGCGUAUUCCAA